UAUAGCAAAGAAGAAGAAUUCUCCAGUAAAAAUAAAUCGAUUUAGGAAAAUUCUUAACAAAAAUACGAUAAAUCAUUAUUACACCUAUUAAAUAAUUACAAAAUUCACUACAAGAUCAAAGUUCAAUUAAUUAAUAGUAAAUUCUAUAUAAAUAUUUUGUUGUAAACAACAAAUUUAUAAGGAAAAAGUGUUGUAUAUGUUUGUGAACAGCGUAUGAAUCACGUCAUUGUAAAACAAAUGUAUUAGGAAUUGACCACAAGGAUGCGUAAUACCACUAAAGUAGAGGCAUUAAUAGAAAGUUGCCGCAGUGAAGGCAAAUGGAAGAAAGUUAUAGAAUUAACAGAUGAACUGAAAACUGGUUCGCCUAAUAAUGAAUGCUUAGCCAACUUCUUGGUGGGCGAGGCCAGAUUGGAAAGUUAUUUAGAGAACAAUUUACCGAUUGAAAGUAAUUUUACUAAAGCUAAAAAUGAUUUACAAGACGCUAGACGUUAUCUUAACCUGGUUACGGGUGAAAAUGGACAAAAAGCUGGCAUUGCAUUGGAUGCUUAUCUCCUACUGGCCAAGCUUUGCUAUGCUUGUGGUGAAUACGAAAAAAGUUUAGAGAAUUUUAUUAAGGCCGAAUUAAAUACCUUGGCCGAAAAAGAAUUGACUUUACGCAGCCUUAAAAUCUUGGCUGAAUCGUAUGCCAUUAAAGGUCUAUGCUUGGAAAAUCAGACAGCGAAACCUUCAUCAAAGUUCAAAAAAGCUGAAAAAGAAACAGAAAUGAUCUCUUGUUUUGAACGUGCCACAGAUUUGGGUUUGCUAUACCUACAGGAACAGGAUAUAGCUGCAUUUUCUGCUACGGCUAAUAACACAGGCGGUUCCACCUUGGCAAUUAAUGCUAGUGUACAGCAAUCUGCCAGUAAUAUGGCAAUUAGUUCAACUAUACCAGCAAAUCCUUUGGAACUAAAUAGACGCAUGGGUGCUAUACUGGAAACAGCUUUGCAAAGAGCACCUAUAGUAUUAAUAAAAGCUGGUAAAUUACAAGAAGCUAUCGAUCGCUAUCGUACCAUGUUAAAUGCCAUCGAAACAAAGACAACACAAUCUUUACGUCUAACACUAGCCCGCCAACUGGCUGAAGUAUUGCUGAGAGGUGUAUCGGGAACUAUUUAUACAGCACCAUUUCAAAAGAAACAGGGUACUAGUUCAGCUUUAAAAUCUAGUGGUACCGCCAAGAAAUUGUGGAAACCCCGGAAAUAUGCUGCCCGAAAUCAAUUUGUGCCACGUAAUCAACAGGAAGAAACCAUUUUAUUACUACUAAUAGCAGAAGCUUUAGCUGUACGUGAUACAGUUUUAUCACAAAGUCCCGAAUUUCGUUUGGCGCGUACACAUGCUAUGGGUAAUGCCACUGCUGUAUAUGAUUUGCUAACAUUAGCCACCGUACGUUGGGGUCUCAUACAGCUGUUGAAUGAAUCGUUUGAAAAAGCUUUGAAAUUUUCAUUUGGCGAGCAACAUGUCUGGCGUCAAUAUGGCAUAUCCCUAAUGGCUGCUGGCAAGCAUAUGCAUGCUUUAAGAGUUCUACAGGAAGCCAUGAAACUAAAUCCUGGUGAUCAUUUACCCUGUCUUUUGGCUGCCAAAUUGUGUUAUGAAUCAUUGGGCCUCAUUAAAGAGGGUUUAGAUUUUGCCCAUCAAGCCCUUAAACGUGAGACUAAAGGUCUAAGACCUUCACGUUGUCAACUCUAUGUGGGCAUAGGCUAUCAACAAUUAGCCAUUCAAAGUAUGCUAAAAGCUGAACGUGAAAACUAUCACAAACUAGCACUAGAUGCUCUCGAAAAAGCCGUACAGAACGAUGGCAAUGAUCAUUUAUGCGAAUACUAUUUAUCUUUGCAAUAUGCUCUACUCAAUAACAUUCCGGAAGCCUUAACGCAUAUACGUUUUGCUUUAGCCCUACGUACCGAACAUGCACCCAGUUUACAUUUAUUUGCUUUACUUUUAACCGCUUCACGACGUCCCCGUGAAGCUUUGGUUGUGGCCGAAGAUGCUUUAGAAGAAUUUCCUGAUAAUUUGAAUUUAUUACAUGUCAAAGCCCACCUACAGCUACAUUUACAGGAUGCUGAAAUUGCUUUAGUCACUGUGCAGCGUAUGCUGGCAAUAUGGCGUGAAUUGUAUGAGGGUCAAGUUAAUGUGGAAAACGAAGAAAAACACUCUGAUACUAAAAGCAUUGUAUUGCAUGUACCAUCUUCGCAAAUGUCUGAUAAGGAUUCAAAUUCUGUUUAUGCGGCUUCUCUGGCGGCAGUUUCACGGGUGGAACAAGCUUUAAGUGAAGCAGCUAGUUCACUGAGUUCUUUUACACCACGACCUGGGCCACAAAGACCCUGGAUGAUACAAAUAAAGAUUUGGCUUUUGUUGGCAGAUGUUUAUUUGAAUAUUGAACAACCAGCUGAGGCUUUAAAUUGUAUACAUGAAGCAUCAUCAAUUUAUCCAUUGUCUCAUCAAAUAAUGUAUAUGGUAAGGAAAACAAAAUUUAAAAAUUAG